GUUGCCGGGCUGCGGGAGGAGGGUCUGACAGUUGGCGCGGCGGGCUAGGAGGGCGGGCGGCGCGUGUGGGCGCGGGCUCCGAGGGUCAGAAAGUGAUGACUGGAGAUGGUCUUUUAAUGGAGGAAAGAGGCAAUUGAGUCCAGCCGGGGGACUUCUGCCACUGUAGGGAGAGGAUACCAGUUCUCAAAGGCUUCUGGCUCUUGGGAGCAGCACCAGGGCCCGGGGAGACAAUGGUCUCAGUGACUAUGGCCACUUCCGAGUGGAUCCAGUUCUUUAAGGAAGCCGGCAUUCCUCCGGGGCCUGCUGUCAAUUACGCGGUGAUGUUUGUGGAUAAUAGGAUCCAGAAGAGCAUGCUACUGGAUCUCAACAAAGAGAUCAUGAAUGAGCUGGGUGUGACUGUGGUGGGCGACAUCAUUGCCAUCCUCAAGCACGCCAAGGUGGUGCACCGCCAGGACAUGUGCAAAGCUGCCACUGAGUCCGUGCCCUGCAGCCCCAACCCCCUCCCUGGCGAGAUCCGCCGAGGUGCCUCUAGCGCUGCCUCUCGAAUGAUCGCCAACAGCCUGAACCGCGACUCCCCACCUGGCACUCCCCCCAGGCGGCCGGACACCAGCACCUCCAAGAUCUCGGUCACUGUGUCCAACAAGAUGGCAGCAAAGAGUGCCAAGGCUGCCGCUGUGGCCCAGCGGGAGGAGGAGAGCCUGGCUGUUCCCACCAAGCGGCGCCGGGUCACUGCUGAGAUGGAGGGGAAGUACAUCAUCAACAUGCCCAAAGGCACCACCCCCCGGACCCGCAAGAUCCUGGAGCAGCAGCAGGCAGCGAAAGGUCUCCAGAGGACAUCCGUGUUUGACCGCCUCGGUGCCGAGACCAAGGCAGACACGACGACGGGGAAUAAACCCACAGGAGUCUUUAGCCGCCUCGGGGCCACCCCAGAGAUGGACGAGGAUCUGGCUUGGGACAGCGACAAUGACAGCAGCAGCUCUGUCCUGCAGUAUGCUGGGGUCCUGAAGAAGCUGGGCCGGGGCCCGGUGAAGCCCAGUCCCCAGCCAGCACUGACUGUCAAAGCCAAGGCCACAAGCUCGGCCACGACAGCUGCCACGCCAACACUGCGGCGCUUGGCCCUUUCCUCACGCCCUGGGCUUGAGAGGAAGCCGGAGUCCCUGUCCAAAGUCAGCAUCAUCCAGAGACUGGGCAAGGCUGCCCUUGUGCCCGAGGCCCAGGACAGCCAGGUCACAAGCACCAAGAGUAAGUCCUUGGCCGAGGUCAAGGUCACCAUUAAGAGGACUCUGGUGGGGCCCCGGGGGAGCAGCUCCAGUGAGGGCCUGGGCGCCCAGAUGGACCAUGCAGGCACAGUGAGCGUGUUCAAAAGACUGGGCCGCAGGACCUUCUAGCCUCUGGGCGGGGCGCAGGCCCCUCUCCACGCUCCUGGCUCCCGUGGAGGCUCCGGUGAGGCUGCGCCCGGCCCUCUGCUGGCUCCCUCUGCUGGCUCCCGGAUGACACUGCUUGUCUCCCUCAGGCAUUCGAGCCGGCCCAAGCUUUCUGGGAGUUCACCCCAGUGUUCUGAGACCGAGAUGGUCGCUGUGGCCAGGCCUUGCUGCUCUAGGACUUUCCUUUCUCAUGUCCUUUGCUCUCUACUCUCUGACUGUGGCCUUUGGCAGGACCCACUUUUCUACCACUGCCAGAGCCAAGCGCUCUUUUCC